GCCAAAAGCCGCAGCACGCAAACGAGGCUAAAAGACAAGUGCGAUCACCGCUACUCCCCACUCAUUCCCCUUGGCUUUUAGUUUCGCCACUCCCCGUCAGCCCCAUCCCCAUUGCAACUCAGCCCUGUGUCUCCACCGCACUCUCUCAACACCACCACCACCACCACCACCUCCUCCCCACUCCACAAAUGCCGCCGACACCAUCAUUACCACCUCCACCUAAGUCCGACCUCCGCCAAUUAUUUGCUCUCCUCUUCCUCCUCCACUCUCUGCGCUCACGCUUGGCCGCAGCUCACCAGGGUUCAUCCUCCUAUGCUGCUGCCGCUCUCACGGAAUGGCGCUCCGCCCAUGCCUCCUACUACGCCGCCUCCGACCCGCGCGACACCUUUGGGGGCGCGUGCGGGUACGGCGACCUAGGGAAGAGCGGGUACGGGAUGGCGACGGCGGGGCUGAGCGAUGCGCUGUUCGAGAAGGGCGCGGCGUGCGGCGGCUGUUACGAGGUGCGGUGCGUGGAGGAGCUGCGCUACUGCCUGCCGGGGACUUCCAUCGUGCUCACCGCUACCAAUUUCUGCGCUCCCAACUACGGCCUCCCGGCAGACGCAGGUGGGAUCUGCAACCAUCCCAACCACCACCUCCUCAUGCCUAUCCAAGCCUUUGAGAAGAUCGCCAUCUGGAAGGCCGGCGUCAUGCCCAUCCAGUACCGCAGGGUCAAGUGCAUAAGAGAAGAUGGUGUUCGGUUUACCAUAGAUGGCAAGGGCUUCUUCUACACAGUGCUGAUCAGUAAUGUGGCAGGUGCUGGUGAUGUUACGGCGGUGAAGAUAAAGGGGUCAGUGACUGGGUGGCUGCCCAUGGGCCGAACCUGGGGCCAGAAUUGGCACAUCAGUGCUGACCUCAAGGGUCAGGCAUUGUCCUUCGAGGUCACCUCCAGCGACGGUGUCACCCUGACCUCCUACAAUGUCGCCCCCAAGGACUGGGAUUUCGGCAAAACCUAUGUCGGCAAACAAUUCCCCUUCUGAUGUAUCACAAUCUUAUUAUUAUAAAUUAGCAUUUUUCUUGUUGUUGUACUUCUAUUGUGGAUAUACAUAUUCAAGAAACAAGAGAUUAAUACGGAGGAGAUUAGAUUUUA